AACCGGCCUCUUGAAUGGCAAAGCAUUGAAAUCAUUUUAAUUGUCGAACACGUUGUUUGUUUCAGUCUGGGCUCGACAGAAACAGAGCUCUGCGCUUUCGUCACACCCGGACCUUGAUCGCGGCUUGUCCUCAAGUCCUCGGUACACUUGAGUACACCCGCAAAUCUUCUCGUCCACGACCCUUCUGCUGACUUCCUGUUCCUUCUCUUCCUCGUUGGUCAUCGGGCCCCGCCGAUGGCGUUAUCGCGCUUCGUUUACUUUGAACAUUUGUGGUCAUGUUGAAACGGGAAACUCGUUGCGCAUUGUGUCGAAUGGCAACAAGCGGACCCCAAUUUGUGCUGCCUUCUGCCAUCUUUGCUUGAAGAGCAUUUCAUUGUCGUGCCUGUCACCGCACGUCACUGUAUUCAAUCAACAUUAUUUUGGCAGCACUUCAAUGAAAUGUGAUCAUGUCGGGAAUCCGAUCACAGGACCACAGGGCGCUUUUCCACUCGACCGAUUCCGAUUGCCAGGAUGACGAUGACGAAGACGAUUGGUGACGUUGCCGAGCUUCUCCCUGCACGCUUGUUUGUGACGGCGUCACAACGCCACAUGGCAGUCUUGCGUGUUUCGCCGUCAUUCAAAGCGGGCUCCUGGCGCGUGGGUUGCGGGAGCACGUCGGUCACGCGAAGGCGCACGCGCACGCACACGCGUUGGGUGACGCUUGGAUGUUCUCGCUCCAGUUGCAGCCGCCGGCCGAGGAGGAGGAGGAGGAGGAGGAGGAGGAGGCGCCCCCCCCCCUCCCCCCCUCGCCCGGGUUCGCUUUCUGAUGCCACCGCCGAACGCGACCAGUGACCGCGCGCGGCACCAGCAGGUCAGCGCCAUGAUUGCGCGUCGUGAGCGCGCCGGGCUGAAGGAAACCCGGCACGAGGGAUGACGAGCGCCGUCAGCGCGUCGGACGCGCGCUGGCUGGGGAUCAGAAGCAGCUGACAGGACGAGCCGAAGCAUUGCGCAAGCGAGCGCGGCGCCGGGGCAACCGUGUCCGCACGAACCAGCCUCGCGUGGCGCAGGUCCAUGAAAAAUGUGAGCGUGCGCGGAUCUCUCCGAGCGAGCUGCAUGAAGCCCUCGGCGGUGUCAUGCGUCUCGUCCCGCAGCCAAGCGCGCAUCCUCCGCGGCGGCUCCUCCCCGUCGCCGUAGCCGUCGCCGUCAUCGCGGCGCUCCUGCGGGCUUCUUCCGCGGGGGUGACCGAGUCCCCGCCGCUGUCGCCGGGAUGCCCGGACCGCUGUCUGUGCGACGAGCAGCUGGUGGUCCAAUGCGCCGGGCAGCACCUGCGCAGCUUCCCCGCCGACUUGCCGCUGGCCACUCGGCAGCUCAUCAUCUCGGACAACUCCAUCGCCGAGUUGCCUGCGCUGGCGCUCAACUACCUCUCGGAUCUGGUCUACCUGGACUGCAGCAACAAUUCCUUGACGGAGGUGUCCCAGUCCACUUUCGGGAAUCUCAGGAAGUUGGCCUACCUGGACCUGUCCUUCAACGUCCUGACUCGGAUCGAGGACAGGACCUUUGGGCCGCUGGACAGUUUGGUCAUGCUGCGGCUGACGGACAACCCCUUCCUCUCCGAGAUCCACCCGGACGCCUUUGCGGAGAACCCGGCCCUGCAGGUGCUCGACGUGAGCCGGAACAACUUGACUCAGCUGAACGUCAGCUCCCUGAUCUCGCUGCCCGCCCUGCGCUCGCUGGGCCUCAGCGGGAACCCUUGGAGCUGCCAGUGCGCCAGCGAGGACCUCUGCCUGUGGGUCCGCUUGGAGGCCUUCAAGUUUCAAGAUGAGGGCCAGACCGUGUGCAGUUCACCGGACGACCUGCGGGGCCGCCGUCUCGGCGAGGCCGGGGCGGAACUACGGACGUUGUGCCACCGCACUUUGGGUUCCUGGGACUAUCUCUUCUUCGUCAUCAUCGGCUUUGUCAUCUUCGCCGCCGGCACGGUGUUGGCCUGGGUCACGGGGGUCGUCAUGGUGCUCUACGAGCGCUACGUCAAGAAGAAAGACGAGCAGCUGGAACUGGACGAGGAAGAGGACGGGGGGGGCUGCGAGUCGGGGAGGACCGCCCGGGCCAGGAGUGACCACGAGAACGCUUUGUUCAAACUGACCCUCUAGGAGCUGCGCUUGGGCCGCGGCCCCUUUGGAUUCUUCGCAGUGCCUGCUGUCUUCUUCCGGGACCGCCCGGAUUUCCUGCACGGGAUUCGAAGCAGCUCCAAACACACCGCGGAGCUCACGGUGACCACGUUUGCUCACGUCUUCAUCUGUCCUCGUCUGGUUUGACUGGGAAGUGGUCAGCGGACUCUGAGAAGAAGCCGAUUCUCCUCAAGAAGUGCGACCGACCGACCGACCGACUUUUUGCGAGCGUUUAAGCCGCGGAUCGACUUGCUGCCGUUCCAGCUCAACGAUAUUUGAUGGACGGCCCGCUACCUCGCAAACAAAAAGGUACAGCAGACGUCGGUCGCGUCAUAGGGCUAAACAGUGGACUUCUACCCAAGCAACAAAGGCACAACUCAGUUUAGAAGAUGUAAAAGUACCAAAGGCAAAAAAAAACUGAGGAGGAGGAAUGACAAUCACAACACCAAAUAUGCUCGAUGACAAGCUGUGUUGUCUUAAAGGCGGUUCAAUUUGUUGUUUGAAAUAAAACAAAAAAAAAGUCUGACCUGACAGGAGAACAUUAUUAAAAUAAUCUUUUGAAAAUCUGGCCCCAUCUAAUGUCUGUGAUUAUAUUUUUGACUGCAAUUUGAAAACUUGGCGCAACAGGACAAGGAUAGCCAAUCAGCUCUGCCCAACGGGAUGUGAUGUCACAAACGGGACAAGAAUAGCCAAUGGCUUCUGCCCACUGUGACGUCACAAGUCAUUUCUGUCAAAUGGCUGUGUGCUGUCGUACUCGAGUGCCCCCAACUUCUGGAGACAAAUUCCUUGUGUGUUUUGGACUCACGCGGCACAAAAAAAAUUAAUAACAAUCACACCGACGGGGCAAUUUCGAGUGUCCAAUGAAUGUCGCAUGUUUUUUGGGACGUCCCACCUGGAGAAAAGCCACGCGGGCACGGGGAGAACAUGUAAAGUCCACACAGGCGGGUCCGGGAUUGAAACCUGGGACCUCAGAACUGCAAGGCCAACGCUUUACCACUACUGAAAUACAUAAACUGUUAAAAUAAUAAGAACUCUGAACAAAAUGUCACUUUUUUUGCAAAGUUGAUUUUUCUGGAGCACUCUUUUGGAUCCCAUCUGAUGUCAGAAGCGGAGCGGCGUCGGUCCCGCUUCUGUCAGAUGUCGUGCAGCCGAAGGGUUCAAUAAAAGAAGAAAUUUCCAUUUUUUUUUGUUUUCCAUCCAUCCAUCCAUCCAUGCGAGCUGACGUACGAAAACACGACGCAGCCACGCAUCCAUCAUCCAUCCGUUGCCGCGGCUGUGAAAUGGACAUAUUUAGGCGAGCCAAUGUGGAAAAUUUGCUCGUGGACUCCUUUUGCACGCGCCCGCUACUUAACUCCGGGCGGAAUUGCGGCCGACGGGAGACGCCACGUCUCGCGGUCGCCGUAUUGGGCCGGCUCAUCGACUUAACACGCUCACAAAUGGGAAGAAAAUCCUUGUCGUGGAUGAGCAGAAUGACUCGAGGGGAUGAGCAAGUGCAAGAAAUCAUUUUUUUUUUUUUAAAGUCACUUAUAAUCACCGCUACAGAGACAUGACAGCAGCAAAUGAGCAUGAGGACGACUUAUAUGAAAUCCUCAGGCCGACGCCAACGCUGUGUCACGACUUUAUGACGUUGACUGCUGUUAUGGUUUCUGUUUGGACUUUCCAGCGGCGAUCAGGGCUAGCUGUCAAACCGCCGAUGAUUGAUGCACAACAGGAAACGGCCUGGCAGAAGGCAGGAAGUUGCAGACACCCGCACU